AUGCCUAGCAAAUCCGACACCAGAUACCCAAUUCACCUUUCAUUCGAAGUUUUCGAGGACGACCAUUAUCCCGAUUACGACACAGUCUCCUACGCCUGGGGCGGUGAAGACAACAACAGAGACCACAACUGUCUUAUCUACAUCGGCGACUACUGGGAUAUUUUGUACACAACCCAAAAUUGCUGGGCUGUUCUGCGAUACCUUCGUCCUUGGAGCGGCACAAGAUUAGUCUGGCUCGACUUCAUCUGCAUCAACCAAUCCGACAUGAACGAGAAAACCCAGCAAAUUUUAAAAAUGGGUCAUAUCUACUCCCAUUGCAACCAAGUCUUCUUAUGGCUUGGACAAGACGCUGUGUCUCAUGACCAAGCCGCUCUGCCGUCUCGCCGUCCUCUCGAAUAUCUUCAAGGGCUUCAUCAGAUUCUCUCACGAAACUACUUUACUCGAGUGUGGGUCGUUCAAGAGCUGGUUCUGUCACCUCGCAUCAGCAUGCCUUAUGGUAGCAACGUUUUUGAG